AAAUGGUAGACUCCUUGCUGUUCCAUGAAAACGGACAAGGGCAAACUGAUUUUGUUGUGUUCAUUGGUAACAGCGGUAAAGACAUGGCAAGACUACUGAGACUUAAUUUUAGGGGAUUCCUGGCUACACAGAUCAGGAUGUCAUCCGACCAGCUGGGCGAGCUGGGGAAGGGCGCAGGAAAGGGAGGAGGGGGCGGAGGCUCUGUGAGAGAAGCGGGCGGGGCCUUCGGGAAGAAGCAGGCAGCCGAGGAGGAGCGCUACUUCAGGAUGAAGGAGAAGGAGCAGCUGGAUGCCCUGAAGCAGCACCACCAGGAGGAAAUCGACCACCACAAGAAGGAGAUCGAGCGUCUGCAGAAGGAGAUCGACAGGCACGUCGGAAAGAUCCGGAAGCUCAAGCACGACGAUUGACGACCCGGGGCCGGCGCCCCACCCCCCCCCCCCCCCGAGACCACCACGCAAAACCGCCACGCUGGACAAAUCAAACCCGAGGCUCCAACGCUGGGCCUCUGACUCUGUGUGGCCUGCACUGCUCCCACUGCUGCGUCUCCUCUGUGAUUUGACUGUACAUGCUUGGGUCAGAUAAUAAAAUGCUCCCUUUAUUUUCCCAAAAUUACAUGGUUUUUGUUUCCUUUUUUUUUUUGGCCGAUUUAAAAAAUAAUAAUAACAAUGUACUGACCAUAUUAAAUAUUUGAAUUCCCUUUACUACAAGGAGAACUGAUGAGCAGGGGAAAUGUUGGUAUCGGCCUGUAGCGUAGUGGUUAAGGUACGUGACUAGGACCUGCAAGGUUUGUGAUUUGAAUCCCAGUGUAGCCACAAUAAGAUCUGCACAACUGUUGGGCCCUUGAGCAAGGCCCUUAACCCUGCAUUGCUCCAGGGGAGGAUUGUCUCCUGCUUGGACUAAUCAACUGUACGUCGCUCUGGAUAAGAGCUGCCAAAUGCCAUUAAUGUAAUGUAAUCUAUCUCGGUGAACAUAAACCUGACCGUGACCGGCAGCCAUUUUGUGCUCCACCCAAUUUCAUGUUAAAACAUUUUCAGAGAACUUGGCAAACAAGGCUCCUAUUCUGCCAAGCCGUUACAAGCUUGCUUUCGUCGAUACGUUGCACUUUGGACUUUAGAUUGCUGAUUUAUAUUUUUACUGUAUAUGCCUUGUGUAAAGAGCUUUGAACAACUUUAUAAAAAAUAAAGUUAUAUGAUUAAGCCAA